UAGUUUAGUUGGAAUUUUCAUUUUGAACAGUCUUUUCAAUAGGUCUCUGACUUUUUUUUCUCUUUUUUAUUACGUCUGAUAGAAAAAAACUUUCAAAAUUGAAAUUAUUUUUUACCUUUUGUUUUGCAUCACUCUGUGAAUCAUGAGAGCUGCAGUUUCAAUGCUGCGCAAUCAGUUUUCGCGCAUGCAGACUGAGCCAGCAACAUUGGAGCACUUGUUGUGGGAGAAGCCCACAAACGCUUUACCCAAGAAUCGAUGUCCGGAAACAAAGUGCAUUGUAUACCGUAAACCGGAUUAUAAUUUGCCAAAAUGUCGCUUUAUGCAAUAUCGUCGACGUUUCGAUGCCAACAAACGUCUGGGCAUGGUCUCUGAGGAUGGUAGCAAGAUGAUAGAACUUUCGAGUGUAACAUGUGCAGCUCCCGAUAUGCAUCGAUUUAUCGAUCAGCGGUACUGCAUGACCAGUCUGCUCGACAGUGUCAAGUAUAUGAAUGUGCUGAAGGUCGAUAAGGAUUUGCAUUUACUUCCACCACUCGCAGCGCCUGGCAAAAUAAUUGGCGUCCAGUGCAAUUAUAUUGAUAGCUGUGACGAGCGACAUCAUUGUAUACCGCGGGAGCCAGCGUUCUUUGUGAAAUUCGGCACAUCGAUAAUUGGUGCAUUGGACAAUAUACGAGCUCAUGAUAUUGCCAAACGGAUCGAUUAUGGCUGCCAAUUGGCUGUGAUAAUGGGUCGCCAUUGCCGUCAUAUUCAGCCCAAUGAGGCAAUGCAUCAUAUUUUUGGUUAUGCUGUCGCCCAGGAUAUUACGGCAUGCGAUUGGAAUGCCCUACUCGGUGGCCAAUUGAUGCUGGGCAAAUCGUUAGAUACAUUUUGUCCACUCGGUCCCGUUAUAGUGCACAAAUGUCAUGUGCCCGAUGUGAACAAUUUGUGGAUCAAAACGAUUGUCAAUGGCGAGGAGCGUCAGACGGGCAAUACUCGAAAUAUGAUAUUCAAAAUUGAUUUUCUCAUUCAUCGUUUAUCGCAGUAUAUAACCCUAUGUCCCGGUGAUAUUAUCUUAACGGGCACUCCAGCCGGUUCGGGAGCCUAUCGCAAACCCUCAACAUUUCUUCAACCCGGCGAUCUAAUCGAAAGCGAGAUACAAAAUUUAGGUAGAAUGUGCAAUCAAGUUGUUAAUCCAUAUGCUUAACCAAAAACAUAACUUUCUCAAAAAAAAAAAAAGAAAACAAACCAACAAAAAUUUUUAUUCC